AUGUCGUCUACGUCUCAAAAGCACCGUAAUUUUGUAGCUGAACCCAUGGGUGAUAAGCUAGUCACAGAACUUGCUGGAAUUGGAAAAUCACUAGGUAUAAUAACUAAAAACUUAAAUUUUUUACAGGCAUACGUGGUGCUUGGACAGUACCUUGUACUCAAGAAAAAUGAAGAACUAUUUAUUGAUUGGCUGAAGGAUGCAGCUGGUGCUAACAAAAAACAGUCCGCUGACUGCCAUGCCUGUCUCAAACAGUGGUGUGAUGCGUUCUUGUAGUCUCUAUCUUAUGUGACUGAAUUUAAUCAACAAAUAAAUUGCCGCCAUUGCUUUACAUCUUUUUGCCCCAAUGAAACAUACCAUGUUUCUAGUGUGUCAUAUCGUGCUAUGCCUUUCAUAAUUGUUUGCUAAUUUCUAUUUAGCUGAUUUUUUAACUGUUGGGAACCAUUUUGUAUUUAUUCCAAUGUGGCUUUUGUAUAAUAAUUGAUGAUUUUGCAUUGUUAUGCACAUGUCAGAUGCCAUAAAUCAUAUACUAUUUUUCAUUGGAACAUUCCAGAAUUGAAUUUUUGUUACAAGCUUCAUCUGGAAUUUUAUCUUCUUUAUGAAUUGUGUUCUGCCAACAAUAUCCCCAAAUUUGCAUGUGUAGCUUCAAUUUUGUCCACUUGUGUCGAUCGAUUAAUUCCCAGCAUACAUCUGAGAGCACACAUCUGAAUUUUGUGUUUAUUGUACAUGUGGGACCCACAUCAAACAUACAUCAAGUGAGAACAUGGUAGUUUAGUUUUCAGAUUCAGGUGUCAAUUUGUUUUCAAAUUUAAACAGAAUGUAGAAUUUCUCUUAACAUAGUUUAGUAUUUUUGAUAUACAAUAUUGUAAAUGCGGCAGUUUAUGAACUUGUCUUGUAUCGACAUAAGCCAAAUAGUCAACAACUGUGUAUUUGAAACAAAUAAAAUGAAAUUUUACACGA